CAACCACGCGCUCGCAUUUUGUGAGACCCGCUCAUGAGCCUCCACCGCCGCGAGGACACGGCGGUUGCCGAUUUCAGUGUUGACGAGCGAAAGCUAGAUGCGUGGUGCGCGUGGUACGCCUUCACCUGCGAGAAGCUCGAAUUGAAAAUGCUCGACGAGCAGCGUCUGCGCAUGGGCAUGUCGCCGCCGGGGAUGCCUUCUCCGUUUGGGAUGGCGUCACGGAUGGCGCGGCGAGGGGUUGCGCCGCCGAUGGACGGGCUGCCGAGGCCGGAAACGAGAGGUGGCGUCAUAGCGCCCGGUCAGCGGGAGCUGCAGCGGGCCGUCGCGCUCCAGGAGCAGCAGCCGCGGCCGGAGCAGCCGCCGGCGAGUGCUACGCAGCCGCCAUCGGCGCCCGGUGGCUUCCAGCCCUCCCGACCGCCUCCGCCUCCGAGGGGAAUGGGCUUCGGAAACUUCUCCUCCCGCUCUGGAGGGCCGAUGGGCGGUGCAGGCAUGCCCCCGCGACCCGGAGGAGGCAUGCCUCAGCGGCAUCUGCUGCGGCCGCAGGCGCCGCAGUUUCGCCGGGUGCGCCUCAUCCCCUCCGGCCCGGCGGUGCACCCAUCUUGCUCGGGGCCGAAAGCCUCGAUCAUACUGUUCGCCGUGCGACACGCGCGGCUGGCCCGCGUCGCCGCCGACAGCGAGCGGCGCAUGCACGAGCAGAAGCGGCGCAUGCACGAGCGCGAGCUGAUCAUGAGGUACAUCCGUCCGAGGCACCGCCUCGACGCCCGCUCUUCUUCCAGUCCGAAGGCCGCAGUGCUCGUACUAGCUUUGCGGCACUGGCGGCUGGCCGGCGCCGCUGACGCCUCCGGCAUUCCUGGCGUGGACGAGAGGAAGCUGGAGCUGUGACGCAAGCGCGGCGGCGGCGACCUGGAGCCUGUCCUCGCGAGCGGCGCCGUCGCCGUCCUCGACGCGCAGUGGGUCAUCCGCCACGCCGAGGCGGGCGGCGUCCUCUCCCACCGCCAGGCGCUGCCCAAAGAGGCCUUCCUCCCCCUCGCCGACCUCGUCGAGGCGACCGGCAAGCAUGACCUUCCCGUCGCCGCGCUCUCCUACCCGUGGCUGACCAAGGACCACCCCGACCCGCGCGGAGCCAACCUCGCCCGCGUCGCGAGGGCGCUCAAGGCCCUGCUCAGCGAUCCCGACAUCCCGCGGCUCGGCGUGUUUUGGGACUUCGGCUCGCUGCACCAGCACCCCGACCCCCCCAACGGCGUCCUGCGCACCGAGGAGCAGAACGCGCUCUUCAAGCAGGGUUUGGGCUGCCUCGGCACGCUCUACUCCCACCAGCACACUUGGGUGCUGCGGCUGACCUCCUUCCCGGACGGCCACAAGGCGGAGGAGCAGACCGAGGGCACCAACGUGGCCAAGUACUUUGACCGCGGCUGGUGCUACACGGAGCAGUGCUGGGCUGGCCUGACAAAGACUGGCUACCUCUCGCUCGACCUCGGCAAGAUGCGCGCCGGCGAGGAGUACGGCAGCGACAGCCUCGUCGACGACUGCACCAAGGCCGGCGGCCGGCGCCCUCCGCUGCUGCCGUCUGCGUUUGCGGCGGAGCUGGAAAAGAAGAGCUUCACCAACGGCAAGGACGACAAGCCGCUCGUGAAGCGGCUGUACGAGGCCGCCUUCAAGGAGCAGUUUGGCAAGGCGACCAAUCUGGACUACGCCCGCCUCGGCUGGGGCGACGCGGAGGCGGCGCAGCUGGCGGAGGUCCUCGCGAGCGGGGCAGCGCCGCGGCUCGAGAGGCUCGGUCUCAGCUUCAACAAGAUUGGCGACGAGGGCUGGACGGCGCUGGCCGCCGCCCUCGGCAAGGAGGGGGCAGCGCCGCGGCUCGAGACGCUCUAUCUCGUCGCCAACAAGAUUGGCGACGAGGGCUGCAAGGCGCUGGCCGCCGCCCU